AUGGCAGCAUUGACUGUAUUGGGAAGGCAGCACAUGGUGAAAUAUGACUGGAAUGGGGGAACAGGGAAUGGGGGAACAGGGAAUGCGGGAGCAGGGAAUGGGGGAGCAGGGGAUGGGGGAACAGAGAAUGGGGGAACGGGGAAUGGGCAAGCAGAGAACGUGGGGACAGGGAAUGGGGGAGCAAGGAAUGGGGGAGCAGGGAUGUCCCACUCAGGAAAUGGGAGGACAGGGAAACGGGGGACAGGGAAUUGGGGAGCGGGGAAUGGGGGAACAGGGAAUGCGGGAGCAGGGAAUGGGGGAGCAGGGGAUGGGGGAAAGGGGGAUGGGGAACAGGGAACGGGGAAUGGGCGAGCAGAGAAUGUGGGGACAGGGAAUGGGGGAGCAGGGAAUGGGGGAGCAGGGAAUGGGGUUGCACGAGAUGGGGGAGCGGGGGAUGGAGGGUAUGGGGAAUUAGGGAAUGGGGGAGGGCGUAAUGGGGGAGCAGGGAAUGGGGGAGCAGAGAAUGGGGGAACAGGGAAUGGGGGAGCAGGGAAUGGGGGAGAGGGGAAUGGGGGAGAGGGGAAUGGGGGAGAGGGGAAUGGGGGAGAGGGGAAUGGGGGAGAGGGGAAUUGGUGGGCGGGGAAUGUGGGGAAUGGGGGAGCAGGGAAUGGGGGAGCAGGGAAUGGGGGAGCAGGGAAUGGGGGAGCAGGGAAUGGGGGAACAGGGAAUGGGGGAGCAGGGAAUGGGGGAGCAGGGAAUGGGGGAGCAGGGAAUGGGGGAGCAGGGAAUGGGGGGACGGGGAAUCGGGGGACAGGGAAUGGGGAAGCAGGGAAUGGGGGAGCAGGGAAUGGGGGAACAGGGAAUAGGGGAGCAAGGAAUGGGGGGACAGGGAAUGGGGGGACAGCGAAUGGGGGAGCAGGGAAUGGGGGGACAGGGAAUGGGGGAACAUGGAAUGGGGGAGGGGGGAAUGGGGGAACAGGGAAAUGGGGGGGCAGGCAUUUGGGGGACAGGGAUUGGGGGAGCGGCUCAAAAGGGAAACAGGGAAUGGGGGAGCAGGGAAUGGAGGAGCAGGGAAUGGGGGAGCAGGGAAUGGGGGAGCAGGGAAUCGGGGAACAUGGAAUGGGGGAACAGGGAAUGGGGGGACGGGGAAUUGGCGGACAUGGAAUGGGGGAACAGGGAAUGGGAGAAUUGGGAAUGGGGGAGCAGGGAAUGGGGGGGCAGGGAAUGGGGGAGCGGGGAAUGGGGGAGCAGGAAUGGGGGAGAAAGGCUGAAAGGGAGCAGGGAAUAAGGGGACAGGGAAUGGGGGUGCGGGAACUGGGGGACAGGGAAUGGGGGAACUGGGGAAUGGGGGAACAGGGAAUGAGGGGGCAGGGAAUGGGGGAACAAGGUAUGGGGGAACAGGGAAUGGUGAAAGGGGAGCAUGCGGUUGUGGGACUCGGGGAUGGUGACGUCACUGUUGGGGAUACUGGACAGCUGAGCAAGGCGCAGCUAUUCGAGCGUCUGCUGCACGUCAGACUGACCCUUAAUACUGACGCGGCGUCUGCUGCGUCGGCUUUUCAGGCGCCUGCUGCCCGUAAUACUGACGCCCAUUAG